AUGCAAAAACAGCUCUUUGGAGCUCCUCUUGAGGAUGUAUGUGAUAAUGACACCCUGCCCACCCCAAUUCUGGAGAUGCUUUCCUUUAUCAAUCAAAAAGGGCCGUUCACAGAAGGCAUCUUCAGAAAACCAGCCAGUAUAAAAUCAUGCAGAGCCCUAACGAAGAAACUAAACGCUGGACACAAAGUGAACUUGGAUGAUGAAUCCAUUCUUGUAGUAUCAUCGGUCUUAAAGGAUUUUCUUCGAAAUAUCCAAGGAAGCAUCUUUUCAGGUGGUCUCUACGAUAAAUGGCUUAUUGUUAUUGAUCAAGAGAAUGAGGAGGAGAAAAUAACUGCGACCCAGAGGCUUGUAGACCAGCUACCGAGAGCCAAUGUAGUGUUUUUGAGAUACCUUUUUGGAGUGUUACACAACAUUGAGAAACAUUCCUCAUCCAAUCAGAUGACAGCUUAUAAUUUAUCCGUGUGUCUCGCCCCAAGCAUUCUUUGUCUGCCUAAUUCUGGCAUCUCAGCAUUUAAAAACUUCACCAAAAAGGUUUCUUUGAUACAAUUCCUCAUUGAAAACUGUCUCAAGAUAUUUGGAGAAGACAUCACUUCUCUCUUUGGAGAGAACUCAGUGAGUUGUGAUAACAGUGAUAUCACUGAUAACAGUGAGAUUUCAGCUUCUUCUGUUUGCUGGGCUCUUCAGUGUCUUAUUUCCGCCCUGACAUAG